CACGCGACUUCUAAACUACGAACUGGUCGCGUUUCGCAAGCGGCGUCGAAGCCACAAAUUUUUGGCGGCGGACUUCGCGCUACCGACUUUUUCUUUGAUGAGGUUUUAAUUGAGCUAGACACUUUUUCUGGUUGUUUGGUGAUGGUUUUAUGAGUUGGUGAUUGUGAUCAUUUGUUGACAGUUGUUUUGGACAAUUUUUUUUGUUUUAUUUUCUUGAGCGUCUGUCAUGGAUAUGAUCACAGACCAUACAAAUAGUGUAAUCAAAUGGAAGAGAUAUUUCGUCGAGUCCAUGCCGGAGAAGUAUAAUGAGCGACUAAGUGGAUGCGGAGGUCAGCAACAAACCCAAGAUGUCUAAUGACCUUCGGAGACGAUAUGAAGAAAACUACUCGUUGCUGCUUGAAGAGUUUUCUGCUGUUCCUCCUGUUAUUCUAUAUGAUAGAAUACGGAGACGCAGGUGGAGGAGCCAUCCCCGGAAUAGAGCUGUCGAUGGCGCCUUCCCACACCGCCCUCAGCGGCGACUUCCACGUACAGAUAACCUCGUCCUCGUUCCCGCCGCUGCUCCUGCAACUGUCCAGGCUGGAGGGCAACGUGGCCCAACCGUUGACCACGUUCCCCGUCUAUCCGGAGGCGAGAGCCCUCAAGAUGAACACCACCAUAGUUAAAAUACCGUGCGGCUACUUCUCCCGAGGCGGACAGUACUAUGUGCUGCUCAAAAAACAAUCGGUGCCGAGUGACAAUGCGACGGGCGACGACCAGGGUUUAGUGAUCACGAGGAGUCUGGACGUGCGAUGGCCGAUGCCCCAGCUGUCGCUGACGCCGGAACAUGUACAGACUUAUCCGGAGAGGCCGGUCACGGCGAUACUCGAGUUUCCGGAGGUGGUGUGUCCGCCGAUGGCCGACAGCCCGGCCAGCGCCAUACCGGAGUUCUGGCUGGAGCUGAACUACUGCGGGCACUCGCUGCUUACCUGUGAUAACAAUGAUUCGGAACUGAACAGGACCGCACAGGUGCUGUAUUCGGAGCAAGUUCGCGGUUUCCCAGGUCGUCGGAUGCUGACGCUCCGCUGCGAACUUUUUGGACUCGCCGGCCACUACGCUCUCUUCCUGCGACCCACAACAGGAGCCCCCAUAUUGCCGCACACCGCAGCUUACGUAAAGGCUGAUUGGAGCGAACAAUUCGUGUUCAACGUGCACGCCCGCAGCAUAUUUCCAUGCGACGUCCACAACGGGGGAAUCACCGUGCUGUUCCAGUAUCCCUCGUGCAUCCUGGCGGCGGGAGAUCGCGUCCGUCUGUUCGCACGGCUUCGUGCGAACGUCGCCUCGUUAGCGCCGCCCACCACCCUCGAGUACGUGGCGGAACAGAGGGUGGUGAGGGGUCAGCACAGUCUUCAUUUUGACUGCGAUCUGUUCACCGAGAGAUACGUGGAGUACUGCUUCGUCUACGUCAGCCAGGCCAUCACCGGUGCGGUUGCCGACGUCCGGAUGGACUGCGUGCCAACUUUGCCAGUUUCAGAAUCGGAAAGUGGAGGCUGGGGUGAUUGGAGUGCUUGGACACCGUGUUCCAGUACCUGCAUUGGUGGUACAAGAAGUCGAUAUAGAUUUUGUGAUUCUCCACCUCCACGUUAUGGGGCUAAAUUUUGUGAGGGAAAAGCCGUGGAAACUGAAAAGUGCGGCCGUAGCAUAGGACAAAGUUGGGAAUGCCUGUACGGCGUUGGCGGACGAGGUCUUACAGCCGGUUCCGGUAGCGACAUCGUGGCAGAAAUACCCGAAAUACGUGCAGAAGUAGGCCCGUACUGUCGAUGCGGAUGCGUCGUCCACCUGGGCCACGCCAAACCCAAGCGACUUUUAGCCACCUCUUCGCAGAGCUGCCCCGGCAGAACUUUCUGGCUCAUCCAGUCCGAUGAGGACUUCAUAAUCCAAUUCCGAGUUGAGCAGUUUCAUCUUCCUUGCGGCACUCAAUGGUUAAAGAUUAGGGAUGGUAGUUCGCUGUCCUCAAACCUCCUGGCACAUCUCACAGGGGAUCCUGAAAACUCACCUUCGGUUGUAAAUUCAACUGGUCCCAAUUUACUUUUGGAGUUUUUCUCCGACGAGAUAACUGCUGGUGGGCAACUUUGUGGCGGAGGUUUCCUCGCACAUGCCACGCAAAUAAGUAAUACUAGAACCAACAUCAGUUCAAUUCCCAUAGCACAAAGUGUGGGAGUGUUACCAGCGAGUGUUUUGAAAAUGACUGCAAUUCAUAUUGCCGCAAUUUUCUUCUUGAGUGGAUUGCUUCUGGCUACGGCACUUUUGGGGGCACAGUAUCUUUUUCGAUACAGGAAAUACCAUGUGGCACAGGCUGAAGAUCAAGAUUCUCUUGCUGAUGCUGCGUCGAGCACGAGUCUGCCGCUAACGACGAGGGCGUCGUCUAAUGCGACGCUCUUAUCGGAGGUGAUUUCUUUAACGAGGCUGCGACCGCAUAUCAAGACAAGGAACAAGCACAGUCGACUCAGGGAGUCGAUGGACUGCGAACAAGACGAACAGGAGGCGACAUUAGCGAAAGAAGAAGAGUCUCUGAGUGCUUGCAGUACGACGACGUUGACGCAACAAGAAACUUGUACCACGGCGGUGAUUCCCACAGCAAGCGAACCGGAGGAUGUCACGUGCAGCUUGCCCAGUUCUCCACAAGAAUUCUGCGGUUCGGGGACGAUACCCAGAUCAUCAACAUUGACCAGUGACAAGGACCGUUAUAACGAAAAGGACGAGUUGAGGACGAGGUCCAAUAAGGACGUGAGGAGAUUGAGUAACGUCAGUACAGCCACCCUGACGAAUGGAUGCUAUUCGCCAGCUGCCAGUAUAAUCAGCACGGCUACCAUCAGAAGUACUAACAUAAAAGAAAGCAAAGACCGCAGAAAUAGGGAGAAACUUCUAGCUGGUCCCACUGGGUCGGAGUUUUCUAUCGCCGUCCCGGACACGGAUCUUGAAAUGGACUAUUACGAUUAUAAUGUGACAAACGCGGGUGCUGCCCCUGGUUCUUAUUUGGGAAUGGAUCCAGCGUUUUUAGUUUGGAUUCCACCUUUAGAUGAAAGCGGAGAAAUAUUGCCUAUGGAAGGAGGUGACAACUUCGAAAUGGAAGACAUAAGACCGAAAGUUUAUAUAGAUCCAGGCAGUAACAAGGAAUCCCCGGAAGAGGAGAUGCUCCUACCAAAAGCUAGGCCUAGAACGACAAGCGAAUCUUCCACACCCAAAAUGUCACCCUUGUUGAAAGCCAAAAAUAAAAAAAUCCAUCCGUACUCAGAGAACAAAGUCCAAAUCAACGAGAAAUACGAAAACGAACAACUAAUCAACAAGCAUUUGGUUCAAGUCCACGAUUUGCCGAAGAACAAGUACAUGGCCGCCUCUCCGAAGAUUAUAACCGAAAUGGAGAAAGAGACCAAAGUAGAAAAGUCACCGAGUGUGGAAAGUAACAUUCUUGACGAAAUCAAAUUUGCCGAUGACGAUGACGAGGGCGAUUUUCUUGAAAAUCAGUGCAAUAACGACGUAGCAUAUCAGGAUUCGAAUAUUAUAUCUUCCAGUUAAGACUGACGAACAUAUGAGAGAGUUUAUAUAUUUUAAGGCUAAUGCGACUUACUUAAUUAAUUAGUAGUUUAAAAUUAAUCGGUAUUUGUACAUAUUUUCUCAUAGUGAAGUUCAUUGUGCAAUAUAAUAACAACAGCACUAUCAUCAUUAAAACAAAUUAAUUCAGUAAGUUGUAAAAGAGUUACCGAAAAUCUAUGAUAUUGUUACGUUUCUUGAACAAAAGGCAUUUAAGAGGCAUUAUGAUCAAAAGCUUUCUCAGGAUAGCGGAUUUCGUAUGAGACUGAAUGUUGUUUGAAAGGUUUGGACAUAUAUUAGUCAUAAAUCUAGUCAUAUUUGUAAUUAACAAACUAAUUUAAUACUUGUGAAUACAGUCUGUAGGCGUAGGUUGUUGUUUUGUAUAAUGAAAUUGCACUUAUGACACGAAAACAAUUGAAAAAUUAAAUUUUUCCCAAGUUUAUUUAUAUACAAGCAGGAACAUAUAAUGGGUGCUUAUUUAAAAUAAAAAAAAAUAUUUUUUUUAUUACCUCUUGUGAUAUUUUAAUUUAAUUAUUUAUUUAGUUACUUUCAUUUAAUUUUAUUUAAUACCUUAAUUUGUACAUAAUUUAUUUUUGUGGUUUUUAUUUUGUUCUCAAAAAAAUUGAAGAAUGUAAACGUGUCAUAUGUAAAAGCACUCAAAUAUGAGGUCCAUAUAUUUCUAGGAAAUUAACUAUUUAAUACAAUUUAGAGCUUGCUAAACAUUGUUUUUAUGUUCAUUGUAUAUAGUUAUAUUUUUUGUUAUAAAAUGUUAUAUUGCAAAUUAUAUCGGUAACGAUCUGGGUAUAUAUGUAUUUAUUGCAAAUAAAGUUUAUGUAUUUAA